GUUUCAUAAUUUUAUAAAAAUAAGUGUGCUCAAUCUGAGAAUUAUAAGGAAGUAUUAUUCAGCAUUAUUAAUUUACAUAGAGGUUACAAAAAGCAAAAUAAUCAUGAAAAUCAAUAAACAAAGCCACAAGAAUUUCAAAACAUUAUGGAUUCAAUUUGAUGAGGAAAAUGUAGAUAAACAUCAACUAUUUUUUAAACAACAUUCCAUAAGAAAUCAGUUACCUGAACAUCCAAGAGGCAAAACGUUAUUUGUAUUAAAUAUACCACCCUACGUAACUACUGAAGUUCUGGGAAGAGUUUUUAGAAAACAUUGUGGAAUUGUUGCCGAUGUAUUUUUUACUACUGCAAAAGGGUUUAAAACAGCAUAUGUAGUGUUUGAAAAGGAAUCUGCCUUAGAAAGAGCAUUAGAACUUCCUAACAAUAGUGUUGUAAUAUUAAAUGAUGAGCAGAAUGUAUGCUUAACAGGAUUGGCCAAAUGGUGUAAAGAUUACAAUGACUCAAUUUGCGAUGAAGAAAGGAUGAAAAAAGAAAUUGAAGAUUAUAUGAACAAUUACGAUCGAAGAAUAAAUGAGAAGAUUAUUAGCGAAAAAGCUAUGGCAGAAGAAGACAAGAGUAAUGAUGGUUGGGUAACUGUGACUGGACAAAAGAAGAGAGGACAGUAUGCUCUUGCUAGAAAGGACUCAGUUAUUAACAAAGUGCAACAGAAAGAAGAACAGAAAAAUAAGAAAAAGCAGUUGCUCAACUUUUAUACUUUCCAGAUUCGUGAAAGCAAAAAACAAAAUCUGGCAGAGCUGAGAAAGAAAUUUGAAUUGGACAAGAAAAGGCUACAAGAUUUGAAGUCAAAAAGAACGUUCAAACCAUUUUAAAUAAAUGGGUUAUAUAAAGAAGAAA